AUAUUAAAGGGGCGUUGAACUCGAACUGAUUCGAUUCCACUGACUCACUCUAUAAUGUGUCAUCGCCUCCAACUUCAAAGCACCAUCGUAACCAAACUACGCUCACGUCACUUUCCCUUCCUUUCGCGUUACACUCCCGCAAGGGUAUCGUUUUCUAGUUUUAGUUGCGGGAGAGAUUUGCAAAUGGAGGAAGGGAAGGUUGCUUUAGACUUGUUGGUGGCUGACCCUGCUUUGCUAGAGAAGAAAAUUGAGGCAAUUCGUUUGGCUGGUCCCCAGAAGCUUCAGGUGAUUGCUGAUUUUGAUGCUACGUUAACAAAAUUUUGGGUCAAUGGAACUCGUGGCCAAAGCAGUCAUGGCCUUUUGCAGCAGGGAAAUCCGGAAUAUGAUGCCAAAAGGCAGCAGUUAUAUGAAUAUUACCAUCCAUUAGAAUUUUCACCAACUAUUGGACUUGAAGAGAAAACUAAGCUCAUGGAAGAGUGGUGGGGAAAAACACAUGGUCUUCUUGUUGAGGGAGGACUCACGUACGAAUCAAUAAGACAAUCAGUUGCUAAUGCCAACAUAGCUUUCAGGGAAGGUGUUUCUGAACUUUUUGAGUUUCUGGAGGAAAGAGACAUUCCUGUGUUAAUAUUUUCUGCAGGGCUCGCUGAUAUCAUUGAAGAGGUCCUUAGGCAGAAACUUCACAGAUCCUUCAAGAAUGUGAGGAUAGUAUCUAACAGAAUGGUAUUUGACGAUGGUGGCCAUCUUGUAUCUUUUAAAGGAAAAGUUAUCCACAGCUUAAAUAAAAAUGAGCAUGCUCUUGAUAUGGCUGCUCCUGUUCAUGAGAGAUUGGGAUAUGUGGAUGGUCCUAUUGAUGACAAUGCCUCGAUCAAGAAGAGAACCAAUGUUCUCCUUCUUGGUGAUCACAUUGGAGACCUGGGAAUGUCUGAUGGUUUAAAUUAUGAGACUCGAAUAUCCAUGGGAUUCCUGAACCACAACAUUGAGAACUCACUUAGCUGCUAUCGAGAAGCUUUUGAUGUUGUUUUCGUGAAUGAUGCACCCAUGUGGGAAGUUAUCAAACUGGUCUCUCGCAUGUGUUCAAGUGGGAGGUGAUUAUUUGCAGCAAUGAUGUAUCAUUGGCAGUCUCAUUCUUUUUCUGUCUUGUAUAUGUUAGGAUUCCUCAUCAUGAAAUUCGUAUUAUCUAUAGUUCUAAGAGAACCGUUAAAAUGUUUUACUGAAUAAUAUAAAUAUUGCCAAACAAAUGCAAAUAUGUUUCUAGACAUGGCUGGCGAUUAUGAUAAACCAUAUUUAAUUUAAUAUGUUACAAUAAUGAUGUAA